UGGUCAUCUCCUGUAGUAUGUCCGCAGUCUCUGGUCAUCUCCUGUACUAUGUCCGCAGUCUCUGGUCAUCUCCUGUAGUAUGUCCGCAGUCUCUGGUCAUCUCCUGUAUAUGUCCGCAGUCUCUGGUCAUCUCCUGUAGUAUGUCCGCAGUCUCUGGUCAUCUCCUGUACUAUGUCCGCAGUCUCUGGUCAUCUCCUGUACUAUGUCCGCAGUCUCUGGUCAUCUUCUGUAGUAUGUCCGCAGUCUCUGGUCAUCUCCUGUAGUAUGUCCGCAGUCUCUGGUCAUCUCCUGUACUAUGUCUGCAGUCUCUGGUCAUUUCCUAUGUCUGCAGUCCAUUGGUUCAGAAUAUUUUGUUUCUUGUUUUCCUCCUCUAAACCCUAGGUGUCUCUUAUGGUCAGGCGCUUCUUACGGAGCGAAAAAUAUAGUACAUCUUC